AUGAGCAUGAGCAUUCGCAGGGUCGAGACGGUGGACGCAGAGUGGUACACAGUUCGGACCCUUGCUGUGCCCGAGGGCGACGUGGCUCACAUGGCCGUGGAGGACCUCGAGGGCAACGACCAGCACGACAAGCACAUCGUGACAGGCGACGCCGACCAGCCUCCCGUACUUGAAGCCCACGUGCUCCGGGACUACGACGACCAGGCAGAGGUGGAGGAAAUCGAGCGCCUGAUUCAGAUGGGCGUUCUGGUGGAGCCGGUGCCCGGAGAGGAGGCCGAGGCAAGGCUGGUGGCGAGGCAAUACAGGUGGGCCACUGACAUGGAGGCUGAGGACACGUUCCCUCCGGCCUCCAUUGGGUCCCUUCUUCGGCACAUUGUUGUUUUGGCGCAAACCUGGGCCACACCGAUCUGGGUGUGCGACGUGGAGGACGCCUACCUCAACGUGGAGCAGCCCAAGGACGCACCGGUGGUGGUGGACGCCCCGCUCUCCUAUGCCCGACGCUAUGGUCCGAAGAGGUGGAAGCUCGGCAGAAUACUGCCAGGACAGUGCCGGGGGGCGCAGGAGUGGUUCCUUCAUUUGAAUGUGGAUUUGGAGGCACAGGGCCUAGAGGCGAUGAUCGAGGUGCCCACCUUGUACCGAGCUACCUCACCCAAGGAGAGAAAGGCGGCCCAGGUGCACGUUGACGACGCCAUGCUGACUGGCGACGAGGUGAAUGGCCCUUUCUUCCCGGGGGACGAGUUCGAGUUCCUCAAGCGCAGGUUUCGCAUCGAGGCCGAUGGCAGCAUCACCGUGCGUGCGGCGGCCCACUUCUACCUGGACAUCUACAACCUGUUGGGCGAGCCGCGGCUGAGGAACACCCCUGGGCCCGUGGGCGACCUGUUCAUGGUCGACAACAGCAAGGUGGUUAUCCAGUUCCUCGGGGGCACUUCGCGUGCUCAAGCGGCCAAGGGGGCAUCGAUCAUGAACUUUGCGGCCCACGACACCUACAACCAGCACCUGCAAGCUGAGCUGGUGGCGCUGACGCAGACGGUUGGGGAGAGCAUCCUCAUUCACAAGGCGUGGGAGUUCUUAACCUGCGCCAGUGCCGACCACGUGGCCAGGAGCGACUCUUCAGUGGCCCGGGCAAUAGCGAGCAGACUCGGCGUGGGCCGAGUGAAGCACCUCCAGACCUCAAGCCUCUGGAUACAACAAUGGGUACACAGGAAGGAGCUGCGUGUGGCAGCCAUCGGCACAGCCCUCAACCCGACGGACAUGGGCACGAAAAUCCUGUCAGCCAACAGACUGCGCAUGUUGUGCGCCGUGGCUGGCAUGGUGGACGAUGGUGGCAACAAGGUCGGGAAGGAGGAGCUGCAAGCCGAGCUCUACAAGACCAAGGGGGUGAAUGCCAAGACCCUUCACCUGGUGCAGCUGCUGAUGGCUAGCACCCUGCAAGGUUGCAGCCAUGAAGGCUAUGAGGACGCGAGUGUCUACCUGCUCUUCUGCCUGGACCUGCUCGGCACCUUCUACGAGGAGCACCCUACGGGUUUCACUGUCCUCUUGGUGGCCCUCGUGCUCCUGGCGGUGGCGUUUCUCGGCUACCUCAACGGCGUUCAGUGGAGGAUGACCCUCCAAAUCGGGCGCUGGCCCAAUGCAGGGCUUGAGCCAGGUUGCGGUGAAACUGGGCCGGCGCAGACCAACGAGCCCAAGAACAACAAGAACAACAAGAACGACAAGGACAACGAGGACACCGAGGACAUCGAGGACACCGAGAGCAGCGAGAGCGACCAAGGACACAGGGACACCGAGCAGGGCGAGACCGGCCAAGGACGCAGGGACACCGAGCAAGGCGAGAUCGAUCAAGGACGCAGGGGCACCGAGCAAGGCGAGACCGGCCGAGGACACCAACGCGAAGCUCCACUUGACCCCGAGGUGGUGAACCGCAUGAACGCGUGGAUGGAGGAGAAUGUGCUGCCUCUUUUGGGAGUGGCACCAGAAGCUGAGGCACGGCCUUCGGGAGCCACGUCCUCUCACGAGCCUCCACCUGUUCCACCUGGGUACCUUCGGACGACGCGUGGCGUGUUGGACCCCACUGGCCUCAACCUCGGCAGGAUCGUGAGGUAUGCGCCAAACUGGGGGUACGGGUACCAUGUGGCUACUUGCUCGUCGUUUCGGAGGGCGGCCCGGAGCUUCAGAGAUAGCACUGUACAGCAAGCCCUUGAGAGGGGACUUUUGUCGUGUGAGCAGUGCUGCCGUGGGGACCACGACACCCUUUCAGUCCGGAACCGCGGCUACUUUGAACAGAAGCCUAGGCGUCGACACAGGUGA